AUGACCGAGUUUAAGAAUAUUUGUUAUAAAUGUAUUGGCGCUGUGGAUCCAUGUAUAUCUUUUUGCAAUGUUGGUGAUUAUAAAUGUAUUUGUGGGCACAAACAGAAUCUUCAUCUUGAAGGUACUAAUCGUGAUAAUGAAGUAAAUAUUAAAGAUCGUGGUAUCUUCCAUCAAUUAUUGAAAAGUAUUACUGAUCCGUGGAAUGAUUUGCCGUCAGACUAUUCAACUGAAGCCACAAGAAGAGCUCUAAGAGAGUCGGUGAUGAAUUUCUAUAAUUUGAAAAGAAACUUAUGUAUGGUUCUGGGUGUAAUCAAUAAAAAAUCGAAACAUGUUGUAACGGCUCAUAUCUAUCCGAAGUCCAAGUCAACUGGCCUACAGUUUUUAGAUCUACAAUUAUCAGAUAUCGAUAAUCCGAGAAACUGCUUACGAUUGACCAAAGAAAUUGAACGAGCUUUCGAUGCGCAAAACUUAACCAUCAUAAAAAAAAAUGGUGAAUUAAAAAUUUUUCUAUUAAACAACACAAUGUCAUCAAAAAGAAUUACGCCGGUCUCACCUCAUACAUUUGGUAGUAUACAUGGAUUAUCAUUGAUGUUUAAUAAUGAAAAAAGACCAUUUCAUCGACUUUUAGCUCUGCAUUGCUAUAGUUCGUUCAAUAAUGCACGAUUAAAGCAACAAGAAUUUUUAUUAAAUGAUGAAGAUUUGAAUAACGUCGUAUUUUAUGUUGAAAAUUUAUUGAACAUAUCAUUUGAUUCACAUAAACGUGAAAAUGUUACACAAUGGCUAUACCAUAAUCCAGUUGGACCUGGUGCAUCACUAUUACAAUCACAAAUAAUUUCACAGUUUAUUUAUGAGUUCGUUGAACAAUAUACUGAAAAUUCAUCGCACAUGCCCAUCAUUGAUCGCAUAAAAUUAGCCGUUGAAGAUUUGUCUCAUAUUUUCCCACUGGAUCAAGCGUUAUUUGUUCGUGAACUAAUAACACAUGUUUUAAAAUUGAAACCGAAAAUAGUGACUGUCGUAGGAUGUUUAUUGGAUUCAGCACAGAAAGAGCAAGUAUUAAAUAUGGAUGGAAUUACGAAUGGGAUAUUAAAUGUAUUCGAAAUAGCAGAUAGUUUCUCGACUUCUAUUUGGCGACCUAUUGGUGAAAUACUUGGUACAUUUAUUGGUAGUGCUGAGCCACAAUCAAUGAUGAAUAUUUCAAUAUUAAAAACAAUCAUGGACAAAGUACCUGUUCAAAAUUCAAAAGAAGUGAUCGCAUAUAUCAUUGAAUAUGCACAACAAAUUUCAUCGAAAUCGAAAUUUAUUUCACUAUGGAAAUUGUCCGGUUUAACAUUUAACGAUUUAUUGAAACCUGUCGUGCUUGAUCAACAAUUUCUGUCCGCUUAUGAUUGGCUAUUAAAUCCAACACUAAUAGAUCGGAAUGAAAUAACACAAUUAUCAACACCAUCUCUUGCAUCUUCUUCUACACAAGUCAUUGCUGUAUUACAAUCAUCAUGGUCUUCCACAACAACUAUGGCUCGUUCAGAUAUUAACUUGAAAAUGAAUCCAUCUGAUAAAUAUUACAUACAAAAUAUCAUUUUAUCGUAUUUGGAGUCGUGCCUCGUUGUUCAAAAUCCAACAAAGGCGAGAAUUGAUGAAUAUGCUAUAAGACAAGGAAUUUGCAUUUUAAAAUCAACUAUUCAUGAUGACAACGAAAAAGAGAUUCAAGUUCUUUAUGCUAUACAAAAUUUUAUCGUCAAAUUAGAAUAUCCUCCAAAAAUGGCUCGCUUAUUAUUUGAUGUGUUUUAUGAUGAAGAGUGUGUACGUGAAGCGGUGUUUCAGAAAUGGCGUCAAAAUCUAGAUCAAGAAGAAAUCAAUAUUUAUAGUGCUAUGAUUGACGCAACAAAAGAUUUUUUUGAUUGGUUAUUACUAGCCGACACUGAAACUACCGAAGAAGAUGAAGAUGAUGAAAGUAAAUAG